CAGGAAGAUGGAGAUUCGAAUGCUGAUUACCGAGACAAUAUAUGUCAUGAAGUUGAUAAUGAAUUCGAUCAUGUGUUACCCAAUAUACGUAUUUCUUACAUGUCAUGAGAAAGAGCCGUCUUUUUGGGAUAAGGUGUCUUAUUACUUUAGGAUAAGAGAACCGGUUCAAGUUUGUCCCGAUGUUAAAAACAUUUCCAUGAUGGUUUUAUUGUUACUAUUGAUGGAGAUACUCUGGAUGGUGAUUUUAUUGUUUGCACCAAGAGGUGAACCGAGAAGAAAGAAAUUUGAUAACGCUGCAACCCAGUACGAACUUACAGAAACAAGGGAUUAUUUAUCCCCAGAAGUUUUGCAAUCCGAUAGCUUCUUAAGAGAAAAUGACUGGUCAUCCGAAACUUUGUGUCCCCGGGAAACAGUAGAUGAUGAGAGGGCUAAUUAACUCAGCAAUGAGUGGAUUGGACAAUAGCUUGGAGAGGAAAAUCAUCACUGGAACAGUGUGUCAAGUGGAGCAGAUAGAAAUAAACCAGGAUUUGAAUGCUGGAGAGAAAUGUGAACAUUAACAAAAUCUUGUAUAUGUAUAUUUGUUUGAUAGGUUUUUGAAAACUGAAUUUAUUCAGUGUGUAUGUAUAAUCAAUUUGGCGAGUAGUCGUGCAUUAUGAUGGCAAGAUUAAUUAGUAUGUUUUAUCAUUAUGG